GUUGUAAUUAGAUAGUAAUAUAUUGAUAAAAAGUUAAAUGUGUAAAUUUUUUAUGAAAAAAAUUGAAUUUUUUUGUUAUUAUAAUUAAUUUAUACAUAAAUAAAAAUUCUUUAGCUCCUGUAUUAAAAAAAAACAAGCUUAUGAAGAGCACUUCUAUAGUUCUAUACUUCUAUGUAGAACCAUUUACAGAGGCAAGAAAUCAAACCAUCCUCGAAAACGGGCUGUUCCCAACAAAUGAUUUUCUGUAAGCUUCCCAAAUCCAAAAGAUUCUCCACUUUCACGCGUUCCCCUUCCCGAUCAUCAUCAUCUUCUUCUUCUCGUGGCAACCAUCAAUCAAUUUUGUCACUCGUGACCCUCUUGAAAAGUAGUGUGAAUCCAUCUCUCAAACAUUACAACAACUUUCUUCUUCAACUCUUCAAAACCAAAAAAUUUCGAUUCAUUACACACUUCAUAUCUCAACUAAACUCCAACCAAAUCGAAGGAGAUCACAUCACACAUUCAAUCUUCACAAGGGCUCUUCUCAAACAACAUCAUUACGAAAAAGCAGUCGAAUUUAUCAAUACCCAGAUAGGAAAAACGCCAACCAUUUUACAAAAUCGGAUUUUGGAUUCGUUAGUCCAAGGUUUCUGUGUCAAUGCGAAAGACCCGGAAAGGGGGUUUUCGGUGUUGCAGGAUUACCUGAAGAUUGAUGGUAUAAUUCCUUCUUCUUUUACAUUUUGUGCAUUAAUAAGCUCUUUUAGUCGGCAAGGUAAGAUGGAUAGAGCAAUUGAAGUUUUAGAAGUUAUGACUGAUGAGAAAUUUAAAUACCCUUUCGACAAUUUCGUGUUUAGUGCUGUUAUCUCGGGGUUUAUUAAUGUUGGGAAGCCUGAGCUUGCUGUAGGAUUUUAUGAAAUUGCUGCAAAAUCCACUGCGUUACAGAUGAAUAUUGUCACUUAUACUUGUAUUUUGAGUGCUUAUUGUAGAUUAAAAAGAUUUGAACAAGUUUCUGAAUUACUUAACAGAGUUGAGAAGGAUGGAUUAGCAUCUGAUGUUGUGUUUUAUGGUAAUUUAGUUUAUGAGUUAUUUAGGGCAGGAACUGUAAUGGAGGCUUUGCAAAAGCAUAAUGAAAUGGUUGAAAGGAAGAUAGAAAUGGAUGCUAUUAGCUACACAAUUCUUAUAGAUGGUUUUUCAAAGGAAGGACUUGUGGAAAAGGCAAUAGGGUUUCUACAUGUAAUGGAAAAGGAAGGAAUUAGGCCGAAUUUGAUCACUUUUACCACAAUCAUAUCAGGAUUUUGCAAGAAAGGCAAGUUAGAAGAGGCCCUUAGGGUCUUCAAUUUGGUGAAUAAUUUGGGGAUGGAAGUGGAUGAGUUUGCAUAUGCUACCCUAAUUGAUGGAUUUUGUAGAAUUCAUGAUUUUGAUUUUGUGUUCCAUAUGCUUGAUGAAAUGAACGAAAAGGCUGUUCAUCCAAGUGUUGUCACGUACAACAUUAUAAUUAAUGGGUUAUGUAAAGUUGGGAGGACAAAUGAGGCGUAUGAUCUUUUGAAAGGUAUCCAUGGAGAUAUUGUUACUUAUACUACUGUGUUACAUGGCUAUAUCCAAGAAAAAGAUUCCAUGGGGUUGUUAAUGACAAAAAAGACCCUUGAAGAAGCUCAAGUUUGUAUGGAUGUUGUCAUGUGUAACACACUUAUAAAAGCACUAUUUCUCAUAGGGUCAUUUGAGGACGCAUAUACCCUUUACAAGGGAAUGCCAGAGAUGAAUUUGGUUGCAAAUCAUGUUACUUUUUGUACUUUGAUUGAUGGGUAUUGUAAAUAUGGUCGAAUUGAGGAAGCACUUGAAGUCUUUGAUGAAUUUAGAAGGACAUCAAUGAAUUCAGUCACAUGUUAUAAUUCCAUCAUCAAUGGACUCUGUAAAACAAAUAUGAUCGAUAUGGCCAUUCAAGUGUUCAUAGAGCUUAACGAAAGAGGUAUGCCUCUAAAUCCACAUAUCCACCAAAUGUUAUUACAUUCGAUUAUAAAAACGAAAGGCCAAAAUGGGAUUUUGGAUUUUGUUUCAAGAAUCAAGAAUUUGGGACUUGAAUCUUUUCAUAUAAUAUGCAACGAUGCUCUUUGUUGCUUGUGUGAUGGAGGGUUUUUUGAGUCUGCUAGUGAUUUAUACAUGUUCAUGAGAAACAAUGGAUCUUUUUUCACCAUAAACUCUUAUAAUUCUUUCUUGGAAUUGCUUGUUAAAGAUCAGGAAUUGGGUCUUGAAAAGAUUUGUGUAAGCGAUUUUGUGAAAGAAUUUGGAAUCUUUGACUCUAGAGUAAGCAAGAUCAUCUUACAUUACUUGUGUAUGAAAGAUAUCAACAUAGCAAUCAAAUUUCUCAAAUCAAGAAACAAUCUUAAAUUUCCAAUCCCUAUUUUCAAGAAACUAAUCAAGAAUGGAAGGGUCAUAGAUGCUUUUAACCUUAUGAUUGGAUCAAAAGAAAGACUACCCUUCAUGGAUGUUGUUGAUUACACCAUUCUUGUAGAUGCACUUUUCAAAGAAGGGUAUAUCCGGAAAGCUUUAGAGAUAUGUUGUUUAGCCAUGAAACAUGGAGUUACCCUUAAUGUCAUCACUUAUAAUUCAAUCAUCAACGGGCUAUGUCACCAAGGGUGUUUUCUUGAAGCAUUUAGACUAUUCGAUUCAUUAGAAAAGCAAAAGAUUGAUAUAACUCCUUCAGAAAUCACAUAUGCAACACUCAUUGAUGUUUUAAGCAAAGAAAGGUAUUUGCUUGAUGCCAAAGAAUUAUUCGAACGGAUGAUUUUAAAGGGUUUCAAGCCAAAUAUUCGUGUUUAUAAUUCUUUAAUUAACGGGUAUAGUAAGAUUGGGAAAUUGCCUGAAGUGUUAAAAAUUGUUGCUGAUUUGGAUGAAAAACAUGUGAAACCUGAUGAAUUUACAAUCAGUGCUGUGAUUAAUAGUUUUUGUAGAAAUGGGAACAUGGAAGGAGCUCUUGAAUACUAUUUUGAUUCAAGAACAAAUGAUCUUUUCCCGGAUUUAUUGGGGUUUUUCUAUUUAAUUAGAGGGUUAUGUUCUAAAGGAAGAAUGGAAGAAUCUAGAAGUGUUUUAAGGGAUAUGCUUGAAAUUGAAAAGAUUGUUGAUUUGCUAAAGAAAGUUGAUACAGGGGAUGAAAAUGAGUCUUUGGAUCAUUUUCUUGAUUCUUUAUGUGAUCAAGGGAACAUACGUGAAGCUAUUUUGCUUCUUGAUGAAAUUGUGAGGAUGUUUUUUCCUGUAGGAAAGAAGUUUGAUGAGGGAAGGAUUGGAUUAGGUGGAUCUCAACUGUUGAUUUCUGAUCAAGAUGAUGGGGUGUGUGAUGAUUUUGAGGCUUAUUAUAACUUACUUGCUUCACUUUGUUCUAGAGGAGAGUUAAAGAAGGCGAAUAAAGUUGCAAAGUUGCUUUCUGGUUUUGAUGGAGGAUGAUUGAUUGAAAAAUGAAAAUGUCAUUUUCUUCAUGUUUGAUGCAAUUUGCAGGAUCAUGAAUGUUACCAAUAACAAUGAGAUUGGAAUGUGCAACACAAAUUUGUUACAUGGCAACUAUUUUUUAAGGUCAGGUUUGUGGAUUAUAAGUUGCAAAAUGGAAUGGGAAAUUGGUAAUCCAUAAGCUUCAAAGCACAAAUGGAAUUGGGGAUUCCGACCUUUGAUCCACCUCAUCAUGUAUGUAAAUUAGCAGCACUCAGAGGGGAGAUAAAUGGAAAGCGUUAUUGUAAGAGUUGUGUUUACCUUCUUAUUGAUCUUUGAAUCCUCAAAGUGGAGUUUGAGUUUAUAACAAUUUAACUUGAAUUCUCAUUGAGUUUUCAGAGUAUUAUGUUAAUAUGUAUGUAUUUGUAAUAAGUUUUUUUGGUUACGCAAAAUUAUAAAAAAGCGAUUUUACUUUUGUCA